CAAGGCCAAGGCUCUACCCAUUGGGCAACCCAGCUUGGGUGGAUUGCUGAGUUUUAAGGCACAUUUGUAGAAUAUCUGGCUCUGAAUAGGUGCUAACAACCAAACGCAGUGUUGCUGCCUGGCGAUAAGAAAUAGAUUUGCCGGUCAUUUGAUGUCAGCGGAGCGGGCCUAGGGACAGGAAGUGGAGGAAUGGAGUGCGAGGGGCCUCCUCGCCUUCCCAGGCCCCCUGAUUGCCCCUCUCUGCCUCUCACCCCCGUCCUCCCCAGGGUGGACUCCAUCAUGCUGGUGGAAGAGGGCUUCAGCGUGACCAGUGUGGACGCCAGUGACAAGAUGCUGAAAUAUGCGCUUAAGGAGCGCUGGAACCGACGUCAUGAGCCCGCCUUCGACAAGUGGGUCAUUGAGGAAGCCAACUGGAUGACUCUGGACAAAGAUGUGCCCCAGCCACCAGAGGGCGGCUUCGAUGCUGUCAUCUGCCUUGGAAACAGUUUUGCUCACUUGCCAGACUGCAAAGGGGACCAGAGUGAGCACCGUCUGGCGCUGAAGAACAUUGCGAACAUGGUGCGGCCAGGGGGCUUGCUGGUCAUCGAUCAUCGGAACUACGACCACAUCCUCAGCACAGGCUGUGCACCCCCAGGAAAGAACAUCUACUAUAAGAGUGACUUGACCAAGGACAUCACGACCUCAGUGCUGACAGUGAACAACAAGGCCCACAUGGUGACCCUGGACUACACGGUGCAGGUGCCGGGGGCUGGCCAGGACGGCUCUCUUGGCUUGAGUAAGUUUCGGCUCUCCUACUACCCUCACUGUCUAACGUCCUUCACCGAGUUGCUCCGAGCAGCCUUUGGGGGCAAGUGCCAGCACAGCAUUCUGGGUGACUUCAAGCCUUACAAGCCAGGCCAGGCCUACAUUCCCUGCUAUUUCAUCCAUGUGCUCAAGAGGACGGACUGAGCGUGGCCUCAGCUCCCACAACCCUCUGCCCGGUGUUGCCAGGCUGGGUCUGGGGAGCCCCAUGCCAGCAGCUCCACACGAAGAUCCUGGCGGUGUGGGGAGGGGCCAACUGCAGCUGGGGUGCAGGGAUCUGGGUUCAGGCCAUUGUGAGGGUGAACAAUACAGUCUGUGCCUUUUUCAGUUCCA